GUAAACACUACAAACUUAAUACACAACACAUUUCCAGAGCUGAGAUAAUUUAAAAUUGAUAUUGAUAUUGAUAUUGAUUUUUCACCUACUAUGAAUAAUGUUAUGAUAAUUAUAUUUUGUACUUCUGAUUUGAAUAAAAAUUAAUGUUUUAAAAAGGCACCACCCUAAGGCGACUGGAGAUAUCGAACAAAAAUUUUUGAAAAAAUUGUAUUGCAUACAAAUUUUCAUUUGAAUCACUAAUAGAAUAUUAUCACUUCUUACCCAAUUAUUAUUUUUAUUUAUAAAUCAGACAAUUUUAUUCAUUUUAUCAUAUAUGUAACAAAAUUUGGAAUGAAACUUUUCGCCCUCUAGUGUAAAUUGAAAAAAUUAUUAUAAGGGCGGCGGGGGCUAUCAGCUGAUUGGGCGCCUCAUUACAAGUAUAUGAAUUUGUUUAUUACAACAUUGCAAAAAUCGUACAGUCUCCCAAUAAAUUGGCAAGAAUGUACAUGCAAAAUUAAAUUGAAUGUACUGUGAUGUCAUUAUUGAAAGGCAAGGUUUGAAAUGAAAUUAGAUGUCUCAUUAAAUGACGUCGAUUGAGUUUUACGUAUUUGUUGAGAGGGGGCUGGUCUAUAUAACCGAGUGUGAUUGGUGUAAUUCAAUAUGAUUAUAUCGUAAACAUAACCCCUGCCUAACGUUAUUCUAUUGGCACAGAAAGCGGUCCUCGAGAUGUCAGCAGAAUCAGGAAACUUAGAGAAAAAAGACUGGACAGAUGCUGAACGUCUCAAACUAGCAGCAAAGCUGGAUGCUGAAUUAGAUGAAUACAUAAAUAGUUUGGAAAAGAAAUCGUACGAUGAGGGCUGGUCAGAGGAUCGGUGGCAAGAAGAAAUGGAAAAACACCCAUUUUUCAUGCAGAAGCCACCGGAACCUGGAGAUGAAAUCUCACCCUUGAUGGAGGGACUGCAGCAACUCAAAUAUGGAGAGGACGACAACACACCUGAAGAAUUGGCAGCUAAUUACAAAGAAGAUGGAAAUUUCAACUACAAACAUAGAAAUUACCGGCUGGCAAUUCUAAGUUACACAGAAGGAAUAAAAACUAAAUGUAAAGACGAAAGUCUUAGAGCUCAGUUGUACAAUAACCGAGCGGCUUCUCACUUCAUGUUGAAAAAUUAUCGAUCCUGCUUGAAUGAUUGUAAAAUGGCAUUGAAACUCCAGACAAAUUAUCCUAAAGCUUUGAGUAGAGCCGCAAUGUGCUGUUAUUUAACGAAAAACUUUGAGGACUGCAUUGAACUUUGUAAUAUUUACCUUACUGAGCACGAAUUCAACAGUGAACUAUCUAAAAUACUUAAAAAUGCUACUCUAGAAAGGAAAAAGCAGCAGAGAGAAAUGAGAUUGAAGGAAAUGAAAGAGAAAAAGGAAGAGAAAGAAGAGGAUACGUUGAUAGAGGCAAUUAAACAGAGGGGUAUCAACAUAGAUCUGUCAAAUGGUCAUAAAUCUUAUGAAUUGAAAGACUUGGAGCCACAGAUUCCCCAAUUAGCUCAGCAUAGAGUAAAACUCGAUAAAAGACAGAGAUUAAUCUGGCCUGUUAUGAUUCUUUACCCUGAAACUAUGCAGACAGAUUUUAUUCAGAGCUUCCACGAAGAUACACC